CCCACACCUCCUCUGCUCGCGAGCCCCGCCCUAUCCCGCCCCGCCCCGCGCCGGGGCUGGAGCCGCAGCCCGAGCGGCGGGGCGCUGUGCAUCGCCUUUAUGGGCCGACCAGAGCCUAGACUCUGCUUAGAGGAUUUUGGGGCCAUCUUGAGAUCUUGAGCCGUCUCCUGGGGUUGAAGGAGGUCUGCAAGAACCGAGGAGUGUCUGCAGAGCCACCUCAGAUUGCUGGGGUAACCAUGGAGGAAGAAGAUGAGUCUCGAAGGAAGGCAGAGGAGUCAGGCGAGGACCGAGGCGAUGGGCCACCUGACAGGGACCCCACACUUUCUCCUUCUGCCUUUAUCCUGCGGGCCAUUCAGCAGGCCAUGGGGAGCUCCCUGCAGGCAGAUCUGCCGAAUGAAAAAGAUACCUCUCGGUGUCAUGGCCUUCAGUGGAGGUGCUGCCGGAGCCCACGGACAGAGCCUCGUCCCCAGGAAUUGGGCACUGACACAGCUACUGUGCUGGACCUGGCUGCUGACAGCUUCCUUGCAGGGCUGAUGAGCGUCCUGGACCCCCCAGAUACCUGGGUUCCCAGCCCUCUGGACCUGCGGCCUGGCGAAAGUGAGGACAUGCUGGAGCUGGUGGCCGAGGUCCGAAUUGGGGACAGGGACCCCAUCCCGCUACCUGUGCCCAGCCUGCUGCCCCAUCUCAGGGCCUGGAGGAUGGGCAAAAUGGUUUCUCCACAGUCUCACUCUUCUCCACCCACCUGUGCCCGCCACCUCCUCACCUUGGGCACAGGAGAUGGGGGCCCUGCCCCGCCCCCUGCGCCCUCCUCUGCUUCCUCCUCCCCUUCCCCUUCCCCCUCUUCAUCCUCCCCUUCCCCUCCUCCACCCCCUCCACCCCCUGCUCCCCCAGCCCCACCUGCCCCCCGAUUCGACAUCUAUGACCCCUUCCACCCCACGGACGAGGCCUAUUCCCCACCCCCUGCUCCGGAGCAAAAGUACGACCCUUUCGAACCCACGGGCUCCAAUCCCAGCUCCUCGGCGGGAACCCCCUCUCCCGAAGAAGAGGAGGAGGAGGAAGAGGAAGAGGAGGAAGAGGAAGAGGAGGAAGAAGAGGAGGAAGGCCUGUCGCAAAGCAUCAGCCGCAUCUCGGAGACCCUGGCAGGCAUCUACGAUGACAACAGCCUGAGCCAGGACUUCCCUGGGGAUGAGAGCCCGCGCCCGGAGCCCCAGCCCCCUCAGCCAGCGCCCGCCCCUGGAACGCCGCCCCAGGCUGACUCCACCCGAGCUGAGGCUGCCACUCGCCGCCGUGUUUUUGUGGUGGGGACCGAGGCGGAGGCCUGUCGGGAAGGCAAAGUCUCUGUGGAGGUGGUCACCGCUGGUGGAGCUGCACACCCACCACCCCUGUUGCCGCCCCCCGACUCGGAGAUCGAGGAGGGCGAGAUCGUGCAACCGGAGGAGGAGCCCCGCGUGGCCGUGUCCCUGUUCCGGGCCGGGGCCCGGGCUGCCCGUCCGCCCCCUGCCUCUGUGGCAGCCACCGCAGCACAGCCCCUUCCACAGCCCCCGGCGGCCCGGGCCCCAGAGGGCGACGACUUCCUGUCCCUGCACGCAGAGUCCGACGGGGAGGGCGCGCUGCAGGUGGACCUGGGUGAGCCAGCGCCAGCACCCGCGCCCCCCGCAGCCGACACACGCUGGGGCGGCCUGGACCUACGCCGGAAGAUCCUCACGCAGCGGCGGGAGCGCUACCGUCAGCGCUCGCCGUCCCCGCCCGUGGUUCCCGCCCCUGCUGCUGCUGCUGCUGCUGCUGCUGCUACUGCUGCUGCUGCUGCCGCUGCCGCUGCCGCCGCCGCCACAGCCACGGGGCAGCCCACGCGCAAGAAGUCGCGGCGGGAGCGGAAGCGCAGCGGCGGGGAGCCCAAGGAGGCCGCCUCAUCCUCUUCGUCGGGCGCCCAUCCCGCGCCACCCACCCCCGCCUCGCCCUGGGACUCCAAGAAGCACCGCUCGCGGGACCACAAGCCUGGCUCCCACGCCUCGUCCUCCGCCCGUCGUCGCUCCCGCUCGCGCUCGCGGUCUCGCUCGCGUUCCGCCCGCCGCCGCUCACGCAGCUCCGAUCGCCGCCGUGGGAGCAGCCGUAGGUCUCGGUCCCGGGAGAAGCGGCGCCGACGGCGGCGCUCUGCCUCCCCACCCCCGGCCACUUCGUCCUCGUCGUCCUCCAGGCGUGAGCGGCACCGCGGCAAACACCGGGAUGGCGGCAGCAGCAAGAAGAAGAAGAAGCGGUCGCGGUCCCGGGGUGAGAAGCGGUCAGGGGACGCCGGGGAUAAGACCCCGGUACCCGCGCAACAACCCUUGGGCUCUUCCGCUGGUGGGGAGCGGGAUAGCCGCCGCAGGGGCGCUGUGCCGCCCUCCAUACAGGACCUCACGGACCACGAUCUGUUUGCCAUCAAGCGGACCAUCACGGUGGGCCGGCUUGACAAGUCGGACCCCCGAGGACCCUCCCCGGUGCCUGCCGCCUCACCCAAGCGCGAGGUUCUGUACGACUCAGAGGGACUGAGCGGGGAGGAGCGCGGGGGCAAGAGCAGCGAAAAGGAUCGCAGGCGCUCAGGGGCGGCCUCCUCCUCUUCCUCUUCCCGGGAGAAGGGUUCGCGCAGGAAGGCCAUGGAUAGUGGGGACCGGGACAGGGACAGGGACAGGUCGUCUAAGAAGGUCCGGCCUCCCAAAGAGUCAGCACCUUCCUCAGGGCCCCCGCCGAAGCCACCAAUCAGCAGUGGCUCAGGCUCCUCGUCCUCGUCGUCCUCCUGCUCCUCCCGGAAGGUGAAGCUGCAAUCCAAGGUGGCCGUGCUCAUUCGGGAGGGCGUCAGCAGCACCACGCCAGCCAAGGAUUCUGCCUCCACUGGCCUGGGCUCCAUUGGGGUCAAAUUCAGCCGUGACCGAGAGAGCCGCUCCCCCUUCCUCAAGCCUGAUGAGCGGGCUCCCGCGGAGGUGGCCAAAGCUGCACCAGGCAGCACCAAGCCCAAAAAGACCAAGGUCAAAGCCAAGGCUGGGGCCAAGAAAGCCAAGGGGACCAAGGGAAAGACCAAGCCAUCUAAGACCAGGAAAAAGAUCCGCAGUGGGGGAAGCAGCGGGGCCAGCGGGGGCCCAGUGUUGCUGAAGAAGUCCAAGGCGGACAGUUGCAGCCAGGCAGCGGGAGCCAAGGGGGCUGAGGAGACUUCUUGGUCUGGGGAAGAGCGGGUGGCCAAGGCCCCUAGCACUCCUCCCCCCAAGGCAGUCCCUCCGCCCCCAGCGCUCACCCCGGACUCACAGACUGUGGACAGCAGCUGCAAGACCCCUGAGGUCUCCUUCUUGCCUGAGGAGGCCGCUGAGGAAGCUGGGGUCCGAGGUGGGGUGGAGGAGGAGGAGGAGGAAGAGGAAGAAGAGGAGGAAGAGGAGGAGCAGCAGCAGCCUGCAACCACCACUGCCACCAGCACAGCUCCAGUUGCCCCGAGCGCGGCUCCCAGUGCAGGGUCCACCGCUGGAGACUCGGGGGCAGAGGAUGGGCCAGCCACCCGUGUCUCCCAGCUGCCCACGCUGCCCCCACCCAUGCCCUGGAAUCUACCGGCUGGUGUGGACUGUACUACCAGUGGUGUUCUGGCCUUGACUGCACUUCUCUUCAAGAUGGAAGAGGCCAAUUUGGCCAGCCGAGCAAAGGCCCAGGAGCUGAUCCAGGCCACCAACCAGAUCCUCAGCCACCGGAAGCCACCCUCAAGUUUGGGGGUGACUCCAGCUCCUGUGCCCACCUCUCUGGGUUUGCCCCCUGGCCCUUCUAGCUACCUGCUUCCUGGCAGCCUCCCUCUAGGGGGCUGUGGCUCUACCCCACCCACCCCCACUGGGCUGGCUGCUGCGUCUGACAAGAGAGAGGGCAGCAGUAGCUCCGAGGGACGUGGGGACACAGACAAGUACCUGAAGAAGCUGCACACGCAGGAGCGGGCAGUGGAGGAGGUAAAGCUGGCCAUCAAGCCAUACUACCAGAAGAAGGAUAUCACCAAGGAGGAAUACAAGGACAUCCUGAGGAAGGCUGUCCACAAGAUCUGCCACAGCAAAAGUGGGGAAAUCAACCCCGUGAAGGUGAGCAACCUGGUGCGGGCCUACGUCCAGCGCUACCGCUACUUCCGCAAGCACGGCCGCAAGCCAGGGGAUCCCCCAGGACCACCCCGGCCACCCAAGGAGCCAGGGCCCCCAGACAAGGGUGGCCCAGGCUUGCCCCUGCCCCCUCUAUGAGACCCUGGCCACUCCUCCUGCCCCUGGCCUCUGAGAUUCUGGAUGUAUUUAUGGCUCCACCUCCCUACUGCCCCCGUCAGUGGAAUGACUGGGGGAGGGUCGCUUUGGGGAAGAGGAGGGCCCCCUACCCUGCCCUUGCCCAGCCCCUGCGGGCCCCAAGCCUAUGCCCAUCACUCUUCUCCUGUUUGUGUCCCUCCCUCCAGUUUCAUUAAAGUCUUCAUUAAAUGUCA